AUGCUCUUCCGAUCUGCCAUCGCCUUCGCCGUUCUGGCCGGCACUGCCAGCGCCGCUGCUGAGCCUCAGCCUUACCGUCCUGCUAUGAUGCCUGUUCUCGGCAUGAGCCUUGGUCGUCGUGACACUAGUGGUUAUAUUCCUGACCAAACUCAGUGUGGUGAUGGCACCACUUGCGCCGAGGCCUGUGGCCAGGGCUACACCGAAUGCGCUGCCAACGGCGAUACCAAGCACUGUUACAACCCGGAUAAGGCCCAAAAGUGCUGUGGUGAUGGCACUGGCAACUCUUGCGAGAAGGGCUUCUACUGCACCAACGACUCUGCCAACCAGACCUGGUGCUGCCCUGAUUCUAUGGAUCUCGCUCAGUGCGCCGCUGCUUAUAGCAUUUCCGGUAGCCUUCACACUCCCAAGGUCACCAGCAGCAGCGCCUCAAAGUCCUCCACCUCUACCUCAUCGGCUCCUUCGUCUUCGUCCUCUGCUGCUUCAACCACCUCAGCACCUGCCAGCAUCACCCCUACUCCUUCGCCUUCUAGCACCCCCAGCUCCAGCAAGGCUUCCACGCCUGUCUCCACUCCCGGGUCUGGUUCUAACAGCACCGCCACCAGCAAGCCAGUCGUCACUGUGAGCUCUACUGUUGUUGUUGGCCCUGGCGCCACCUCCGCCACCCCCACCGGUGGUGCUUCCAUCGCCGGGGUUGCCAUGCCCCUCCUCCUUGCUGUCGCUGGUUUUGCCGCCCUGCUCUAA